AUGAGCCAACCGGAAGAAUCAUCACGUCAGCCACCGGAUCCAGAAAAUCAAAUAGAAUCAAACGAUCAUUCAGAAGUUCUUGAUGAUUCAUCAAGUGACACGACUUCUGAAGAAAUACAACACUCACCAGAGGGUUGUCUGAAUUGGAGAGUAAUGCCUCCCGAUGAUUUGCUUGACUUGACAAUGUGCUCCAACGACUUAAAACAAAAAGUACGAACUCUGCUGCUUGGGAUCACUCGAAUUACGUUCAAUGACGGACAACUCGCAAUUUGUGUAUCAAAUCGAGACUUCGACAACGACGAGACUAGAAUUGAUCUGGAAAUUGUCCAACAAGAAAGUUUACCAUCAAAACUGACGAGAAUCACUAGUUACUUGAGAUCUAGAAUUUGGAGAAAAUUUGUUCUCCGAAAGAUAAAUGGAAUGGACUAUGAAGUAGAGAAAAUUAAUCACAACGAUUAUGGUAUAGAUUUGACUUUCGAUGGGUUCAAUUAUCGUGUCGUCAACUUCCGUAAAGAGUUCAUCAUUUACACUCAUGACACUACGACCGCUCACGAGAAUGUUCUUCGACAUGUCUUCUUCGUUUUUGCCAACCCAACUCCUCUAUUUUAUCUUGAUUUACGUGGAAUUCAAUCUGAAAACUUCGAUGUUCCAACUAAAUUAGUCGGAUUAUACGAUCAGUGCCGACAAUGUACAUGUCUGGCAAUCGGAGUUCGUAAAAAUGAAUUCGUCGAGCAAGCACACAAAACACUGGAAAUGAUGACAGAGUUGAAGAACUUGAACAUCGAUAUUUCAUUGACAGAAACUGAAUUUUUUAGUCCCAGAAUGUGCCAGAUCGAUCAUCUGAACGUAGUCUACCACAAAAACGCUAUUUCUGAGAAGAAUCUGCUCAGUUUGAACUGUGAAACUAUCAAGUUGUGGUCCGUCACUAUCACAGCGACUGCUUUGAAUUUAUUCAUCAAGAAAUGGUUGAAAUCAACAAAAAAGAGAUUUCGAUAUCUGGAAAUUCCAAUUAUUUAUCUUGAUCCAGAUGAUUCCGACCAAAACGAAAUCAUGAAAGACUUGAAUGUAAAGAAAUUUGAUGAUUUGCAGAGAGCUGUUUUUUAUAAAAGAUAUGAUUGGAAUUAUGAGCUCAAUUGCACUGGCCAGUGUCGUUAUAUCAACUGUCGAAAUGGAUUGGAUAUAACGCGUUCCGAUGGAGCUUUGGCUACUAUCGUUUCUUCUACAUCCUUCUUUUACUUCUUCGUUUGGCAUGAACGGUUUCCAGAACAACCGAAAGAUCAUGUACCAUUUUGUGAUGAUUGA